AUGGCACACCCCAACCCCAGUGCCGAAGAGAUUGAACGGGCAUCCCAGCUUCUCAAUGCCCAAGACAAAGCCAUUGCCCUCUUCGAAGAAAUCGAAAGCACCCUCAUCCGACCCGGAAUCACAGAAAAGACCCUCAAUGAAGAAAUCUACCAACUGGGUCUAGAUCGCUAUGGAAUCAAAACACACUGGCACAAACGGGUCAUCCGCAGUGGGCCAAACACAUUAAGCCCGUUCGCCGAGAACCCUCCAGACCGAGUAAUCCAAGACGACGACAUUCUCGUCGUGGAUCUGGGUCCAGUUUUCGAGGCCUGGGAAGCUGACUUUGGUCGUACAUUUGUUCUUGGAAAUGACCCCCAUAAGCUCAAGCUACGGGAUGCCCUGGAGCCUAUCUGGGACAUUGUGAAGGCGCGCUUCCGCGAAAACCCUGAUAUGUCGGGCGAAGAACUGUAUGAUAUCGCCUGUGAGAUUGCGAAGCAGGAGGGUUUCGAUUUCGGGGCUGAUAUCGCGGGACACAUUGUUGGGUCGUUUCCUCAUGAGCGCAUCCCGCGGGAUAGGAUCGCUCUGUACAUUACCAAGGGCAAUGGUGAUUCAAUGGGGUUAGCGGGUCGUGAUGGAUUCAGGCGUCACUGGAUUUUAGAGAUUCAUCUUCAUGAUCGGGAACGAGGCUUUGGUGGGUUCUUUGAGAAGCUUCUGACUAUUGAUUGA